GAAUGAUUCGCGCGCGUUGUUGGAUGUUUUAACCGCGUUUGUAUUCGCUUGAUGACCUUGAAAAAUGGCUACAAAAACAUGGAAAACUCGACUAAUAGAAAUUUUGGAAAAUCACAGAGGCCUUGUGGUGGUGCUUUUUGUCCUACCAGCUGGUUUUAUAUUUGAUCUAUUCUUAAAAACCAAAAGAAAUAUCUACAAAACGCUGUGUAGCAGCCCAGAAAAACACGAUGAAAGGGUCAGAAUUAUACAGCAAAAAGUACAAGAAUGGCACAAACAACCAAGUGAAAAUAGAAAACUUUUGUGCACAUCCAGGCCAAAUUGGUUGAGCUUGUCCGUGACGUUUUUUAGAAAAGACUUGUGCCAUCAAAUACCGAUAGAUUUGUUUGAUAUUUUGGAGCUGGAUGAAGAAAAUAUGCAUGUUCGUGUGGAACCUAUGGUGCAAGUGGGUGAAAUCGCAAAGUAUUUGAUACCUAAAGGGUAUACUUUGGCUGUGACCUUGGAAAUAGCUGACGCCACACUGGGCGGUUUAGCGAUGGGGGUCGGUAUGACAACGCACUCCCACAAAGUGGGGCUGUAUCAGGAAAACGUGAUUUCGUAUGAAGUUAUCUUGGGGGACGGAAGUUUAGUGACAGCUUCAAGGAAAGAAAAUAGUGACUUAUUUAACGCCCUGCACGGCUCACAUGGCAGUUUGGGGUUCUUAGUGGCCUUAACACUCAAAAUCGUGAAAAUAAAGCCUUACAUUAAGCUAACCUAUCAUCCUAUAAGUCGGCCGUUAAACCACUUUGGCAGGGCUAUGAGAAUUUUUUCUGGACAACCGCAUAUGGCAUAUCCAGACAUGCAUAUACCAGAUUUUGUGGAAGCUAUUAUGUUUAACCUUUAUGACAGCGUUAUUAUUACAGGGGAUUACUCAGAUUACGACCAAAACCUACCAGUAAACCAUAUAAAUCGUUGGUAUAAACCAUGGUUCUACAAAUAUGUCGAAACUUUCAUAAACAAAGAAGAAACAAAGCACACAGAAUUAGUACCAAUAGAAGACUACCUGUUGAGGCACAACCGCGCCAUCUUUUGGGUGGUUGAAUCAAUGAUCCCCUUUGGAAACCACCCUCUAUUUAGGUUUUUAUUUGGGUGGCUAUUGCCGCCUAAGCCGGCUUUCUUAAAGUACACCACCACGCCUGGUGUAAGGGCCUACACAUUCACAAGGCAAGUUUUCCAAGACAUUGUGCUACCAAUGAAAGAAUUGGAGAACCAAAUUUUUACAGCCGAUGAAUUAUUUGACGCCUUUCCACUGUUAAUAUACCCAUGCAAAAUAUACGACCACGGCGAACAUAGCGGUCAAAUAAGGCGACCAAAAAAGGAGUACAUUGUAGAAGGCACAAACUAUGCUUUGUACAGCAAUUUGGGUAUUUAUGGUGUCCCAGGCUACGUAAAACGGAAGGAAAAAUGGGAUGCAGUUGAGUGUAUGAGAGAAAUGGAACAAUUCACUAGACAAUUAGGGGGUUUUUCGUUUUUGUACGCCGAUAUUUGCAUGGGUAGAGAUGAAUUUAAAGAAAUGUUUGAUUUAACUUUAUAUGAACAGGUCAGAAAAAAGUAUUUUGCUGAAGGGGCAUUUCCACAUUUGUAUGACAAAGUUAAACCAGAGAUUGAUGUGUUUGAAGUUCAAAAAAACUAUAAUAAAUAAUGAUAAUAGACUCACCUUUAAGUUAGAGAUGUGCUUGAAAACAAACGGAUUAUUUACAGCUAUUUGUCUUUUAAUUUUAUCAUUCAUUGCAUUUAUGUAAGUCUGAUAAACUGCCAUACAUUUUUUUGCCAAUGAAGAAGCAUAAUAUAUGGGUAUAUCAUGUAAUUCUGGGUGCUGACUCCAAUAUUCAUCUAACAGCAAGAUAAAAUUAUUAACUAUGUAAAAAAUUAUAACUCAACUAAUUACCUAAUAUUAGUAGCAAUUCCUGGGCUCUUCCCAAUGCGAAUACCGGUAUUAAACAUCUCCCGCCUCUGUUGACAAUAUCAUGAACUAAAUUUGUAAAUCUGCUUUCACGAUCUUCACGUUUUUCGUGAAUGUGAGUUCCAUAUGUCGAUUCUGUUAUUAAAACAUCCGGGUGGACAGUUGGUAUUUCAGCUGCCAUCAAAUGUCUGUCCUCUUGUCUUGAAAAAUCUCCUGUAUAUAAAAUCU